GUGACUCGGCGGUGACCGGUGAAGCAGACACAGGAAGUUGUUACAUUAGGAAGCAAGCUAUACAUUUGAAGCCGUGUCGGUGUAAAAACAACAUGAGGGAAGGACGAAAGCAUUUUGACCGGCCUGACUGACGACAUGAAACGCUGGCUCUCCAUCGGUCUGUCUCUGGCAGUUCUCCUUUCUGCCAAAGUCCUGGCACAGAACCCGGUGCCAAUCAACUUCAUCCCAGCUCUGGUGCAGGUCCAAACAGGCAGUGACAUUGUGUUCACAGUGCAGGUUGACGCUGCUGUCUUCUCCAUGUCAUGGGCUUACCAAACCGGAGCUACUCUGGCUUUGUGGACCCAAUCUGGCACUUCUGACAACAGUGUACCUCAGUUCCAAGGCAGACUCUCCAUCAGUGCCACCCAGCUUCGAAUCAAAGCUGCUCAGCUCAAAGAUGCAGGGUUCUACACAGUGGAUGUGGCGCCCACCCCUUCCACAGGCUUGGUGAAAAACUCCCAAUCCGUGGAGCUGAAGGUGUUUGACCCAGUAGCUGGGGUAAGUCUGACUGUCCCUUCAGCGGCAGUGGAGGAGAAAAAUGUGUCUCUGAGUUGCACAUGGACCAGUGGGACUGAAGUUACAGCACAGUGGAAGAAAGAUGGCACAGCCAUCACACCCGAUUCUAGAAUCACCAUCUCCGGUGGCUUUUUAGUAAUCAACCCAGCCAGACGUGAUGAUGCCGGGCAGUACUCUUGCACCGCCAGCAACAAUGUCAGCGCCCAGACUUCCACAAAGAGCCUCACUGUCUACUAUGGACCCGACACCCCUGUCCUGACUGUCGACUCCCCCAAAAAAUGUGUCGGUGGAGGGGACGUGUCGGUAGGCCAGGCGGUGCGUCUCACCUGUACAUCUACCUCGCUGCCCUCUGCCACGUUCUCAUGGGAACGUAAUGGACAGCCCAUCUCAUCCGGGGCGCCAGACAGCGGGGUGCUCAGUCUCCAGACCUUCUCGACUAAUGAGAGUGGCCAGUACGUGUGCAGCGCCACAAACAGCAUCACCAGGGGCACAUCGACGCAGAGAUACAACUUGGCAGUUGUGGAUGUUUGUUUUGAUGGAGGGGAAGUUGCAGGGAUUGUGAUCGGCUCUUUCCUUGGCCUCCUAAUCAUUGUGCUUCUUAUUUUGUUCCUCGUUGUUCUUGUGCGAAAGAGAAGAGAACAGGAACAACAGAGAAAUGUUGUGGUUGCUCAGAAGACAAAUCCAAUUCAAAGGCCUCUUCCUCCAGAUCCUCAAACUAAUGGUGUAUGGAAUUUGGACCAAGGUCUCCAGCCUCCGCUCCAUCAGACGAACAGGCAAGCAAGCCAACCUGAGCGCUUAAUCACCAACAACCUUGAAACCCAGGCAAGCCCACAGGCGCGGACUCUGAACAGGCAGCGUGACUUUGACGUUCAGCAAAAUAAUAGCCGCACUCGCACAAACCAACUUCCGCAAAAUCUUACCUCAUAUCCAAAUGAUAGCUUUGACAAUCCAGCUUUUACAUUGGAUUCUCAGGAUGUAAACACUUCUCCAAACAUGCAGCAGCAGCAAAAUCCAAACGUUCUGAUUCAGGCUAUACCUGGCCAGGGUGCUAAUCAGCCUCCAGCAGUUCAAGUCAGCCUCAAUGCACUGCCAAACUCUAAUAAUCCAAACAACAAUGCUCAUAUACCCACUAUUAAUGUCAACCUCAACUCCUAUCCAGGCAAUGGCCAACAGGCUCUGCAAGAAAGUUCUUCUCCUCCAAGUAAUCAAGGCUUUAAUGGUGUUCCACAAACACAAAACAACUUCAGUGACACAAGGCGGUUAAAUGCUGCAACACAAGGAGGACGGUCCCAUUCAAGUAACCACAGACUAAAUGGUCACAUUAAUCCAAAUUUUCAAGAUGAAGCUGGACUUAUUCCAACUGGAUACACACAUUUUAAUAACAAUAUGACUUCCCAGCGAAAUGAAAACACAGAGACCUAUCAGCAGGAGCCAGAGCCUCAUAGAAGACCAGACAGAGAGUCAAGACAACAUGAGUCAACACCGAGAUCCAGGCAGAGACAGAACCCAUGGGACUUUCUCAGAGGAACACCAGCAUACCCCAGCGGGAUACCUCAAAGAGCACAAAUGCAACCUGAAGCUGAUUCAGAUUACAGUGCAGAGUACACCGUGCAUCCUCCCAUACGAGAGGGACGAACACUAAACAGACUGCCGCCUCAGAGCCAAGCCGAUACACGGCGUAGAACUCCUCCGAGACGCGAUCCACCCUCAGAGGAUAGUCAGACACAGACCUAUCAUGCUGCUGAUCGUCCUCCAAAUGCUAAUAAUGUUACUCUCCCCGAGCGCUCACACCACACACAGAGAAACCCCCGUGCAGACAGGGAAAGGUCUCAGCGAGACAUCAGAGGUAGCCAGACUGCCCUCAGGCAGGAAACUACUCACAGCAAUAACCCCCAGGCAUCACCUCUCAUGAGCCAGCAGGCCACUGCAGCCCAUGCUGCUGUGUCACGAGGACCCACAGCACAACAGGGACUUACUACACCACAGGGCAUAGAUACAAGAGCUUUGGCUGAUCCUAAUCACCUUCAGCAGCCCCACACAGCACAACAAAACAUAGUUGCACCAGCCCAAACACAGCGAGGUCAGACACAGCCUGUCAUGCAUGGUGCCAUCCAGUCGCGUCAGGGGGGCACCGAUCCAGUCCCAGUGCCUCCUGCCCAGCAUAAUCCCGGUAACCUAACCCAGGCUGCAGUGAAAGCCCACACUGAGAGGGCUCCAGUAUUUAAAAAUCGGAGAGAGCAAACUCAGGCGGCCCUGAUUCACUCUGGCACAGUGCAGACUCAAGCUCCUGCUGCUGGAGGUCAACAGCCACCUCUGCCUCCUCCUCCUAUCCCUCUGACACAGUUUCAAGCCCUUCCCAAGACACACACACAACACAAAUCCCCAACAAGGGUUCCACAGCCCCUCAGACAGAGCAUGCCAGCAACUCAGCGGCAGCACGGUGCGCCUCGCCACACCACCAUGAUGCCUCACAACCAUCACCAUCAUCCAGGCCACGCGCAGGCAGGCGCACACCGGCAUGGCCAUGUGCACGCUCACAACCACAGGCACCCCGCCAAUGUCGCUGCAUGGCAGCAACAAGCCCACAGAGGAAGACCAAGAUGAUGACAGAUGUCAGCAGACGAGGCUCUGCAACUAUCCCGCAUGCGCUGUCACAAACAAACAGCUGACAGACGUGAUCUAAUAUUCCGCCAAGCAGGACCGACUCCACAGAGUCUGCUUUCCAAAAAGGCUGUCAUUCCCUGAAAGUUGGUGCAAAUUCAGAUUUCCUGCAAAAGGAGUGAACACAUCACCCAUGGGGAUAUUAAGCUUUCAGUAUUGUCAUUUCCUUUAAAAGAAAUAUGGAACCUUUUGAGAAUUUACGAAAUCAGAUUAUCUGAACAAUGCUUAAGUUAUAACUAAAAAGCAGCACUAACAGGAUAGCUCACUGUUCCACAGACUGGGAUGUUUUGUGCUGUUUUGACUCCCAAUUCACUUGUCAUAUAUCAAAAUUUGCAGAGUCUGCUCAAAGAAAGUUUAAUGAUCAAUGGCUCCUGACCAUGUUCGCAUCCUACCAUCCAUUCAUCAACACAACUAAACAACACUCCUGUGAUAAAUUACACGAGAAGCACUUGCAUGAAUAUCUGUGAACACCUGAGCUAGUAGUGACAGAGAAGGCAAAUGGAAAAGGGACCCUGGCGCAAGAUGGACUCAGCUGCCUGUAGCGGUGACAGUUAUGAAAGAAGAAAUUAGCAGUAGGGGUGGUCUUGACUCACACUGAGCUAUUUAUUUUGUGCCUUCUGUUAGCGGAUGCCUCUUCUGACACUUCUCAAUUAAGAGGAUUCGCCUCACUGGUGCUCGGAAAUAACGCUCAGCUUCACAAGAAGGGGGAUCCCGUGAACGGAUGGGCGCUUAUUAAUUAAAUGCUUUUAUGUGACUUAAAUGGCUUGGAAAAUAAUCACACUGAACCAUGAAUGGGGUCAGCACAAAGACCUGGAACUGUCAUGCUUUUCUGCUGAAAAAGCAGAGUUGUCAUUUUACUGGGUCAUGCACAUAUUUUUCUUUUACUGUUUAUGUAUUUAUUGAUUUAUAAUGGUUAUAUUUUCUAAGCUAAAUGGUGUCUUUGUGGAUUGACAAUUUAGAAUAAUACCACCUUCCACAGCAGAAGCACUAUACACUGGUGUGUGUAUGUCUAAAUCUACAGCUCCAGUUUAUUUGCAGAAAGCACUCAAAUGUGUUGUUUGACUAUUAAGGAAGUGAGCUCUCUCAAGUAGUCAGGAGCAGUCAGUAUUUUACUUGCUAUUGACAGCUGUCUGAAUUAUCUCAGACUGGCAUUAAUUCUCAGAAGAGACUCAAUCACACAGCUAAUCUCAGUAGACCAAAAAUUAAAGAGGAUCUUAAACAAAUUGUAUAGCCGUGAUCAUGAAUGAUAUGCUCACUUUCAUCACCUUUGUGUUGGUAAAGCGCUACUAGAUCCAAGGUGUGGAUUAAGACCCCUAGGAAGCUGUAUGGCUAUGUUGUUUGUGACAUAUUUUUAAAACCAGCCCCAUAUGUGUGUUCAAGGUUUGUAAAACUGUAGUAUGUGCUAUGUGCAUUAUUUUAAUGAUCUAACAACUCUGGGUUGCCUUUACAAAACAUUUCCACCAUUAGCAAUGAUAUUCACAGUGGAAGAGAGACAAGUGGAAGAGUGUCUGUCCUGGUUGACCUUUAAACUUUCAUUAAUAUCUUCAAAGCCAAAGCAGCACAAACGGAGUCGAGUUAAUUGACACCCAUUUCGUCUGAUUUGAAGAAGGUGGGGGGGCUGGUUGACCUUUGAUAACCUCUAGAUUGCUAUCAUCUUUAAAAUGAUAGCAGCACAAACAAAAUUUUUUUGUUGCACAAACCAGCACAGACGUAGCACAAACGUUUGACACCAGUUUUGUCUGAUUUGAAGAAGGUGGAACCCAACUUCACUAAGGUUUUAAAAAAAUCUUACUCCUCAACUGUAUCUCAGUUGGACUAGAUUUACAGAUCAGAAGAUCAAAAAACACAAGGCCAAAGGUUUCUUGUAUUUUUUAAAAUAAUUUUUCACUGGAUAUGCAAAAGAUUGAAAGUAAAAAUUAGCCUAAAGGGCAUUAAUAUCUUAAUUUUAAAAAAACAACAAUAAUAUGCUAAGCAUUCACUUAAUCACUGCCUUAUAAUGUAUGAUUAGCCUCAUAAAUGAUACUUAUAACCAGAUCAUACAGUUUGUAAUACCACAGGCACCUUAUUUUUUGUCACUUUUUGUGGGGGGUUUGUACAUUGUUUUGGGUUUUUGAGAUAACUGUUUUUAAUAAAGAUUUUUGUUACUGGUGUCUCCAUAUAGGUGCUAUGGAUUUCAAGGAAUUACUGUCAUCACAGUGGAGUCUCUCAUCUCUUCUAUUCACAAGAGAUUUGCACUUGCAAAAAUAUUUCAUUUAGUUCUUUCCAAUGGGAAUCUAACCUGCCAAACAUGAUAUUCUUUUCAUUUUCUGCACAAAAAAAAAUCUCCUCAAGCAUGCAGACAAGAAGUCAGUCCACAAACCACCUAUUUAUUCUGAAGCUCCUCUGAAUCACAGAGCUAUCUGCAGCCAGAGUGUAUUUCUGCUCACUGUGUGUGCAUAGUGAUAAUUAUUCAUGGUGCUUGUGUACACAGAGCGCUUGUUCAGAUGAAUCUUCCUCCUUCGUCUCAUCGUGGAGGUGCAGAGCGUGCGUUUGAAUCACGGCUCCAUCCGUCUCCCAAUCCCGGCUCCCACUUUUACGUCACCUCUGAUGAAAAGUCCUGCUGCUCACUAUCGGAGACACUUCACGGUAUACUAGCACUGUAAUGAGUGAAGAUGGAGUGCAUUUGAGUACCUGUACUAGAAUAGCUUGGAGCGUUGCCUGCCGGUUCCAGACGAAAGCAGUGAUUUAUGAAAAGUUUGCUGCAGUUUUACAAAUGAAGUCCUUUGUAUAAAAUCCCGUGCCUACUGUCUUUGGAACGAAGGCUGUUGUUUAUGGCCUAAACAAUUCAAAUGAAAUUGCAAGACAUUUUGUUGUGAUAACACGGUAAACCUCAGAACCUUAUGUGUCGACCUUCUCUGGGGCAAUUUGCAUGCAAAUUUGCUCAUGUUGCCCCAGUGCACUGAUUUACUGUGAUUUACUUUGACAACCACAAGUAUAGUAAAUGUUUACGGAUCCCUCUGGAGAUAGAAAUUAAAGGGAAACAUAACUCAAGUA